AUGGUGUCCCGGGGCCAGGACCACCUGGGCCCCAAGUAUGUGGGCCUCUGGGACUUUGAUGCCAGAACGGAUGAGGAGCUGAGUUUCCGGGCGGGAGACCUGUUCCACGUGUCUCGCAAGGAGGAGCCGUGGUGGUGGGCCACGCUGCUCGAUGCAGCAGGCGGGGCCCUGGCCGAGGGCUACGUGCCCCACAACUACCUGGCUGAGAAGGAGACGGUGGAGUCUGAGCCGUGGUUCUUCGGCCGCAUCUCCCGCUCCGAGGCCACGCACCGGCUGCAGGCGGAGGGCAGCUCCACGGGCUCGUUUUUGGUCAGGGUCAGUGAGAAGCCUGGCGCCGACUACGUCCUCUCAGUGCGGGACGCCCAGGCGGUUCGGCACUACCGGAUCUGGCGGCACGUCGGGGGGCGGCUGCACCUGAACCAGGCCGUGUCCUUCCCCAGCCUGCCGGCGCUGGUGAACUACCACAAGGCCCAGGGCCUCACCCCUGGCCUGCGGCUGACGGUGCCCUGCUGGAAGCACAAGUCGGAGCCUCUGCCCCACUGGGAUGACUGGGAGCGGCCGCUGGAGGAGUUCACGCUGUGCAGGAAGCUCGGGGCUGGUUAUUUUGGGGAGGUCUUUGAAGGGCUCUGGAAAGACCAGGUCCGAGUGGCCAUCAAGGUGAUCUCUCGAGACAACCUCCUACACCAGCACACCUUCCAGUCGGAGAUCCAGGCCAUGAAGAAGCUGCGGCACAAGCACAUCUUGGCGCUGUAUGCCGUGGCGUCCCUGGGGGACCCCGUCUACAUCAUCACCGAGCUCAUGCCCAGGGGGAGCCUGCUGGAGCUGCUGCGGGAGUCUGAUGAGAAGGCCCUGCCUGUUUCGGAGCUGGCAGACAUCGCAUCACAGGUGGCCGAGGGCAUGUGCUACCUAGAAUCACAGAAUUACAUUCACCGAGACCUGGCUGCCAGGAACAUCCUUGUGGGGGAGAACAACAUCUGCAAAGUCGGGGACUUUGGGCUGGCCAGACUUAUCAAGGAGGACAUCUACCUUUCUCAUGACCACAGCAUCCCCUACAAGUGGACGGCCCCCGAGGCGCUCUCCAGAGGGCAUUACUCCGUCAAGUCUGACGUCUGGUCCUUUGGAAUUCUCCUCCACGAGAUCUUCAGUAGGGGUCAGACUCCCUAUCCAGGCAUGUCCAACCACGAGGCCUUCCUGAGGGUGGAUGCCGGCUACCGAAUGCCCUGCCCCCCCGAGUGCCCGCCCAACGUGCAUCAGCUGAUGGGCUCCUGUUGGAGCCGGGAUCCCCAGCAGAGGCCUCGCUUCACAGACCUGCGCGAGAAGCUAGCCAGCUUCACCAGGUACGAGAACCUGCUCUGAACAGCCUGCAGGAAGCCCGGCCUGUGCCUCUCCCGGACCUGGAUGGAAGGCACCUCUGGCUUACAGACAACAGAGGUCGAGGACACACGGAGAAGAUGGCAAGUCUGGCUCACUGGAAAGAGCAGAGCAGAGCAGAGGCCUAGACUCCCUCCUAUCCUACUUGACACCAGCCACAGGUCCCAG